AAACUAAGCAGGGAGUUGAUUCAGUCCUAUGCUGACACCAUUGCUGAACAGAAACUGGUGCCACUCGGCACAGGGAACAUUAAGAUAGAUAAGAGGAUAGGUAAGCUUUACAGAAACUGGUGCCACUCGGCACAGGGAACAUUAAGAUAGAUAAGAGGAUAGGUAAGCUUUACAGAAACUGGUGCCACUUGGCACAGGGAACAUUAAGAUAGAUAAGAGGAUAGGUAAGCUUUACAGAAACUGGUGCCACUCGGCACUGGGAACAUUAAGAUAGAUAAGAGGAUAGGUAAGCUUUACAGAAACUGGUGCCACUCGGCACAGGCAACAUUAAGAUAGAUAAGAGGAUAGGUAAGCUUUACAGAAACUGGUGCCACUCGGCACAGGGAACAUUAAGAUAGAUAAGAGGAUAGGUAAGCUUUACAGAAACUGGUGCCACUCGGCACAGGGAACAUUAAGAUAGAUAAGAGGAUAGGUAAGCUUUACAGAAACUGGUGCCACUCGGCACUGGGAACAUUAAGAUAGAUAAGAGGAUAGGUAAGCUUUACAGAAACUGGUGCCACUCGGCACUGGGAACAUUAAGAUAGAUAAGAGGAUAGGUAAGCUUUACAGAAACUGGUGCCACUCGGCACAGGGAACAUUAAGAUAGAUAAGAGGAUAGGUAAGCUUUACAGAAACUGGUGCCACUCGGCACUGGGAACAUUAAGAUAGAUAAGAGGAUAGGUAAGCUUUACAGAAACUGGUGCCACUCGGCACAGGCAACAUUAAGAUAGAUAAGAGGAUAGCUUAUGGUUUAGUACUGAUAAACACUGAUAAUCUUGAUGAAGGCAUAACUCACUUUACUAAACUAAUCGAGGAUCAUCCUGAUAUGAUACCUGCCUAUCAUGGACGUGGUUCUGCGUAUGCAAGAAAGUCACUCCAGGCGAAUUUCAAUGCUGCCUAUAAUGAUUUCACGAAAGCUAUUGAUCUUGAUCGAAGUAUUCCCGAGAGUUAUGAGAGAAGAGCUGAGGUUUUGGCUUUGGCCGGCCUAACUAAAGAAGCUCUCGAAGACAUCUCCCAAGCUUUAAAAACACGACCAACAGCAAAAUUAUAUUUCUUACGUGGUGUGAUGGCGUUAUCGAGCGAGGAUCUGACCUCUGCUGAAAUGAACUUCAGAGAAGCGUUGGACAUGAAUGACUCCCACAAGCUCAGUAUUCUCUACUACCUUGGCAUAACACUGUAUUACAAGGGGAAGCUCAGGAAUGCUAUAGCAGUCUUUAAAGAUGUUAUCAAAAUGAAGCCGGAUCAUCUCGAUGCCUUCACAAGUAUGGCUCACUCAUACAGUGGCAUCGGUAACUUUAGGUUAGCCAUGGAGAACUUCAAUCAUUCCUUGACCCUCAACCCUCAACACAUUGCUGCUCUUCAGCUGAGAGGGUUAAUGUUUUACCAGACUGGAUACCUGAACAGUGCAUUGGUGGACUUUCAGAAAUGCCUGUCUGUCAACCCUCAGAACCAGAGGUGUAUGUACAUGAAGGGGGUCAUCCACCUGGCAAGGGGCAACUAUUUUGAUGCUGUCAAGACUCACACUAAGGUGAUGAUUGGUCACCCUCUGACUGUCAUGAGAGUCAGCUCUGACUUCAUCCGUGCUCACUAUCUCAGAGAGUAUGCCCGAUACCUCCACGCCCAUGUAGACACUCCAUUUCUAGAUUUGCGGGCAGAUGAAGAUUUUGUGCCCGAGUUUAAAGAUAAAUGGAUCAAGUAUCAACCACUGCAAUCCAUGACUGAUUACAGAGAGCAGCAUGGCAUACAACCUAACCUAAAAGAUGUUUCUCCAGCCUCUUUCAAACAUUAUCCCCAAGACGUGCAAGAGUUAAUACUGAAAGCGAGUAAGAUUGGUGCCCUUACUCAAGUGAACAGCGAUGGAUUCUUGCCAAACCAACGGUUGAAUCUAGCAAUGGGUCUGGCUGCCAUUCAUAUUGCACAAGUUAUGGAGGGACUUUGGAAGGGACCGAGGAAUCUUCAUUAUAAAGGAAAUGCCUUUACGUGGCGGCACCUGUUUAACAUCUCGAUGCAGUAUCGGCGAGUAGCUAAUCCUGAUCAACCCGUGUUUUGGAUGGACCAGAUGAGAGAAGAUAAAAGUAAUGGAUUCCAGUCGCAAAUCAAUUUCAUCAAUGAGAUAUUACUUAUAAGGGGACAUGUGGUGAAUAUCCAGAUGAUGCAGUACUAUGACUUAGUCUUCAAGCUAGUCAAGACGACAGUGGAGCAUUACAACAGUGAUGGUGCAGUCAGCUACCCAGGCUUCAGGGAGGAGAUAGACAGGGCAGAUACAUGUGAUGACCUACUGAGAAUAGCAAAGAAGAGACAUAUCAACCCUCAAGGUUUCAUGGUGCCAACACAAGUGCCCAGUUAUCGUGAUAAGAACUCACAUCAACUUGAAGGCGUCAUUCUGACACUGACAGGAGACAAUGCGAGUCGAAUUCUAUUCUCGAUCAACCUGGCUGCCACUAAAGGUCGAACAACAACAUUCCACGCCGAGUUAGACUUCCUCUUUAAUAAACUCAAUGACGAAAUCAGAAGGACAGGAAUAUCAAAGAUUGUGGAGUUUGACAGCAUCCUUAACAUCAUGCUCUCCUUGGUCUAUUACUUCUACAACUUGAUGCCAUUAUCAAAGGGUUCGAGUGUGGUUGCUUACAGCGUCGCCCUCGGUCUCAUCAUGUCCAUUGGGAAGGAGGUCACAGGGAAGAUACCGCAGGGAAAGCUUGUUGACGUUGAAGCGAUGCUGUCAGGUGCUCCAGAUGCCUUCAUUCUUGUUGCCAAACAGUGGAUGAACAUAAAAAGGUUGAGUACGUCCUUAUCAAUGCUGCCAUCAGUUGAAGAAGUCUUCCCUACUGUCAGAAGUAUUAUAGAGGUGUUAAAUGCUGCUCCGUUAGAAUAAGCCAUGAUUAAACCAGAGUCUUUCAAAUAAAAUCAUUAUUUGAAAGACUCUGAUUGAACUCAACUGUACGUCACCUCAGUCCAAUCCUUGAGAGAGGUCAGGAAAAGUAGCAUUUUCUCCCUGUUUCUUUCUGGUACAGAAUCCAGAAAAUUUCAAUCAUGAUACAAGAAAGCAUGUCAACCAGUAAUCUUGAGUUAUAACCCAAUUGUUCUCAUCCUUGUCCUCCCUUUUGUACAGAUAAAACUGAUAACAAAACCAUUGUUUUUUACAUGUUUAUUUUUUAUUUUUAAAGAACUCAAAAAUAAUGUUGUACUAGCAAUCAAGAAACAAGAAUCUGAGUGAUAUUCUCACCAAAUACACGAGAUCAGACUUGUAUUUUCUUGGGGCCAUGUGACAAUCACAUGAAGUGCUGUGCACAUCACCCGUGGCGUCCUAAGAAAGCAGUGCAAAGAUUAACCGAGCUGACUGUUUUUACUUGAAACUCAAAACCAUAUGACCUGUCAUAUUGUAAAGUGCAAACUUUUGUUUGUUGCAUGAUUUUGUCAAGACUUUGCUUCGACUCCCCGUCAAGAAAGUCGAGUCCUGGAUGUCCUUCUUGUGCCACUGAAAACCAGGACAAGGCCUAUCACCUCUGAUCUAUACACAAGAAUAGAAAUCGUCUCGGACCAGGCCUUCUUCACUCCCCUGUUAGAACAUCUAAUGACCUCAAGGACAAGACUAGCUUGGAUGUACCUUAAUACUCCCAAUAUCGUGGCACUCGAAGCAGCAGUGAAUAUCUAUGCAUGUAUCAUAAAAGUAGUAUUUUUGAAUCUGACAUGAACAUGAUGAAGAUUCACUGACAAAUAAAGUCAUAACUAAAGAUAAAACCAUGUUCUCUUCAGUUCUUUAGUUGCAGUGUGCGGACCUCCCCCUCCAAUUUCCAUCUUUGAUACUACAACUAAUCCAGUUCCUUUUAUCACACUUCGAUAUAUCCACUUGCUGUGAAGCCACAAACCUUCCAUUUCAGACUCGGGACUUGCUGUAGGAAUUCAAAAGUAUCCAGCAUUGUCGGCUGGUGGUCG